UUCCUGCAGCCUAGGCGGAGGAGGAAGCUCUGUGUCCGCUUUGCUGCCCGGUUCGCCCCGCUCCCCUCCUCUCCUGCCCGGCCGAGCUGCCUCCUGCCCUUCGAGAUGCCGGCUUACCACUCUACUUUAAUGGACUCAGACACCAAGCUAGUUGGGAACAUGGCACUGUUACCCAUCAGAAGCCAGUUCAAGGGCCCAGCACCUCGAGAAACUAAGGACACAGAUAUUAUAGAUGAAGCCAUCUACUACUUCAAAGCUAAUGUUUUCUUCAAAAAUUAUGAAAUUAAGAAUGAGGCUGACAGAACAUUGAUCUAUGUGACUCUCUACAUUUCUGAGUGCCUGAAAAAGCUGCAAAAGUGUAACUCCAAAGGCCAGGGAGAGAAGGAGAUGUACACACUAGGAAUCACUAACUUCCCAAUCCCAGGGGAGCCUGGCUUUCCACUGAACGCCAUUUACGCCAAACCUGCCAACAAGCAGGAGGAAGAGGUGAUGAGGGCCUACCUGCAGCAGCUGAGGCAAGAAACCGGCCUUCGCCUUUGUGACAAAGUGUUUGAUCCUCAGAGUGACAAGCCAAGCAAGUGGUGGAUCUGCUUUGUGAAGAGGCAGUUCAUGAACAAGAGUCUCUCAGGCCCUGGGCAGUGAAGCAAAGUGGCAACAACUUUAAGCAUUUCCACAGCAAGAUGUUCAAGUCUUUUGCCUUUGUUUUGGAUACAUUUUGUACCAAGGAAGAAUUAAGUGCUUAUGAAGUUUGAAAAAAAAAAAAAAAAGAAAAAAACAAAACCUGUCAAUGAGUGAUAGAGGGAGGAAGAGCAAAAAGAUAAGUUGUGUAAGCAAAUAUUAUUAAGCUGGUGCUUAAUAUGUGAUUUCUAAUGUGCUGUUUCAGAUGCAAGCUGCUUUGUAAUCGUGGCUACAGCAUUUAAAACAGGGCUUGUAUUUAAGAGAAGAAAUGGGCUUGGCUGUGGGGCAGGGGAGCUGUGUCAUUGCUCUGCUGGCUGGAGUCUGGGUGUUGUAUGUCCAGGGAAAACAGACCUCUCAUGCUGUGUUGUCCAGUGCAGUGAUUUUUACCUUGUUUUCAAUAAAAUUCGCUUGUAAUUAAGGUGGCAACUACUGUGUGUCUUAUG